CUUAUGUCCAGUUACUCAUUUGGUCAAGAUGAGUAACUAGCCAAACGCCGUUUGGAGAAAUGACAAAAAAGCUGCCUCGGAUUUCUUCUUCUCGACCCCAGGCUCCACCUACGCACUCUAAUCCUUCCUCCUCCCGACCCCAGGCUCCACCUACGCACUCUAUUCCUUCCUCCCCUCGACCCCCGGCUCCACCUCCCCACUCUAAUCCUUCCUCCUCCCGACACCGGACUCCACCUACCCACUCUAUUUCUUCCGCCUCUCGACCCUGGGCUCCUCCUAUCUACUCUAUUCCUUCCUCCCCUCCACCCCAGGCUCCACCUCCCCACUCUAUUCCUUCCUCCUCUCGAACCCGGGCUCCACCUCCCCACUCUAUUCCUUCCUCCUCCCGACCCUGGGCUCCACCUCCCCACUCUAUUCCUUCUGCCUCUCGACCCUGGGCUCCUCCUACCUGCUCUAUUCCUUCGUCCUCUCAUCGUCCAAAGCCGCUUCCUCCUGUGUGUAACUCUUUUCGUCCACAGAACACUCCCCAGCCUCGGCCACCUCUCUCAACUCAUAAGCCUAUCUCUUUCCCUCCUGUUCAUAGUGCUGUCCCUUCUUGCCACCCUAACAUACAGGUUUCCCCACCCAAAUCUUGCUCUAUUCCUUCCAAAACGUCCAGUCCCCGCUUUUUUUUUCUCGCUCCUGUUCCCUGUUACCUCGAUUUCUACUUUGCUCCUACUCCCCCUCCCAGCCCUUCCUAGACUUUAAAGUCUUAUCCUCCCCAGCAUUCCAGCCAACUCCAUCCAGACCUCCGUGAUUCACAAAUCCUAUCCUGGAGAGAUGAUUUCCCUGUGAGUGGGGCGGUUCUGAUAUCAUCCAGCAUUGCCAGAACAAUCGAUCCCCAGGAGCUUCACUUGGUGAAUGUUGGGAACUCAAGACAAUGCCAAUCAACAUUUAGCUUGGAGGCCGGCCUGAAUGAAUUCAACACUUAUAACUGGUUUCUCCAUGGAAGUUGGUCUGUGACCACAGAGCAAACAGCAAGACCAGGGACACAAGGUAGAGAAGAGUGAGUGGAAAUCAUCUCAUCUGAUCUCUACAUGGCCAAUGACUGUCGAAGGGGCGGUGCAAUCAGGUCCCUAACCUCCUGGGCCUGCUGCCUGGCCCUGGGUCCCGUCCCGGCUGCUCCAGGAGCCGACCCAGGAAGCAGGCGGAACCUCGAGAAGCCGAGGGAAGGGGAGUCGCCGGGCUUCAGGCUUCGGAAAGAAGCGAGGCAGGAGAAUCGGUUCUGGAAGGAGGGGGUGAGGUGGGCGGCCCCGAGGGCUCCAAGGGACGCUGUGAUCAUGGACGCCGUUGCCAGGAGACCGCGAGACGCCGUUGCCGGGAGACCGCGAGACGCCGUUGCCUGGAGACCGCGUGACGCCGUUGCCGGGAGACCGCGAGACGCCGUUGCCUGGAGACCGCGUGACGCCGUUGCCCGGAGACGGCGCCCCGGCCCUCCCGCGGCGGGAGCCGGGAGUGCAGGGAGCAGGAGCCCGACCCCGCCGAGCCCCGCCGCCCUGGCGCGCCGCCCGCAGGAGCCGCUGAUGCCCGAUGAGGUCCACCAGAACCAGAUCCUGCGAGAGGUGUAUCUCAAGGAGCUUCGAACCCAGAAACUCUCCACAGAGUAUCACGUGAAUCCCCUCCGCAAGGUUCACACAAUCACCAGAAAGCCCAUGUCUUGGCACGAGAACCUGGAGGAACCUGCAGAUGGUUCCUCAAUCUUAUCCACCAUGCCGCUCAGGGGCCACGGAAGAAAUACCCAGACACGCAAACAGAAAGCCAAGAAAUUGGAUGGGACUCUGAGCCCUUGGUCAGCCCGGAACGUGAUGACCGCAGGCUGAACCAUUUCAGGGUGCACAGCGACAUCACACUCUACAAGGCUAAAGUGUGGAGCUUGGGAGAAGAUGAUCGCCACACAUAGUGUUCAGCGCCCACCUCAGCCUCGUUCCUGAAACCCAGCCUGUGUGCUGCGUGGAUAAAUAAAGAUGACUUUCAAGCGUCAGUCUGACCUUUCCUUUGUGGAGUCUCACAUUUUUCUGCCUGCAUGCACUGGUUCAAAUCCUUAAUCUUGGGGAUUCCUGGGUGGCCCAGUGGUUUAGCACCUGCCUUCGGCCCAAGGCAUGAUCCUGGGGUCCUGGGAUUGAACGCCACAUAGGGCUUCCUGCGUGGAGCCUGCAUCUCCCUCUGCCUGUGUC